AUGAAAUUCGCGUGUGUACUCCUUUUGGCAGCUGUUGUAACAGCCGAGCCUCCGCAAUACAGACCAAGAUUCAGGUCACAGAGACAAGAAGUAGAGGCAGCCGAUACUCCUUACCCCUCAGCUGGCUACAGGCCAUCGAAGGAAUUCACUCUACCAUCCCGCCAACAAUACACUCCACCUCGUCAAGAAAACAUCCCUCCAGCAACUAAUUAUGGCGUCCCCGCUGACAGUUAUGGUGCACCUUUUAACACUUACAUAACUCCUCAAACGGAAUACGGUUCCCCCGAUGAAAAUAAAGAAACAACUACCGAAAAAUUGGACAUAGAAACUAAAACAGAGGCUCCCAAGGAGAAUCUUGAACUCGAACCGAAGAAAGAUGCUGAGGUGGUCAAUACUCAAGGAGCAUACUACGUUUUACUCCCAGGAUCUCAGCUCCAAAGGGUUCAGUUCCAGACUGAAAAUGACAUUCGAAACAUGGCGUACACAGCUCGAUUACAGUACAAAGAUGAAGACAGGGCUCCCAUCUUUGUUUACACCGCCGCGCCACAAUACCAGUCAGCUGCAUACUUCCAGCUAUUUAAAUAG